UUUUACGAUGCCUUCAUGUCGGCCAUUAGAAUCCUACAAACUGUUUUGGCCGUAAACAAAAAUGACAAGUCACCGAAUUGGUGUUAACCUUAGGGUUUCUGGAAACUGUGAUCAAGGUGCUAGAAAGUAUAUGGAAGAUAAUCAUGUUAUUAAAUUCCUUAAAAAAGAUACGGAUGAUUAUGAAUUUGCGUAUUUCGGUAUUUUUGACGGACACGGCGGUCCUGAAGCAUCAGUUUUCUGCAGAGACAAUCUACUGAACGAAAUCACUAAAUUCGAUGGCUUUUGGACAGACGACGACGACGAAGUUCUUACAGCAAUCAGAAAAGGAUUUUUGGAUACGCAUCAUGCAAUGUGGAAUGUUCUCGAUUCCUGGCCCAAGACUGUCACAGGACUUCCAAGUACUGCAGGUACUACUGCAACAAUAGCAAUUAUAAAACAAGGAAAACUUUACACUGGUCAUGUUGGAGACUCAGCUUUAGUCCUUGGUGAAAAUGAUGAAUAUGGAAGUGGCCCAUUUCCAGUCCAGGCUAUUUGUAUUACAAAGGAACACAAGCCUGAUGAUCCAGAUGAAAGAUUGCGCAUUGAAGAUGCUGGUGGUGAAGUUAUCAACAAAAGUGGUGUUCCACGUGUGGUGUGGAGCAGACCAAAAACUAAUCACAAAGGUCCUGUAAGGAGAAGUACACAAAUAGACCAGAUACCUUUUCUUGCAGUGGCCAGGUCAUUGGGUGACUUGUGGAGCUAUGAUUAUUAUACAGAAACUUAUGUUGUAUCUCCUGAUCCUGAUGUUGCUGUGUUAAAGCUGGAUCCCAAUAAACAUCGUUGUCUUAUCUUGGCUUCUGAUGGCUUGUGGAAUAUGUUGACCCCUGAAGAAUCAGUUAAUAUGGUCAUGGACCUAGAGACACAGUUUGAACAGAAAAUAAUCAAUGAUCCUAAUGUUGCUGUCAGUUUUUGGAGUAAUCCAGCCGAACGUUUAGUUUCCCGUGCACUCAACAAAUGGAGAUCUAAAGCCCUCAAGGCCGAUAAUACAUCUUGUGUUGUUGUCCUCAUUGACCCCCUCGGACCAUCCAAGUUGACCCUGCUAAAACGCAAACGUCAAGAGCUGCUUUCUGGCGGAGAAAUUACCAACUGUCAAAUCAACAAAAUGCCUAGACUUCCCACUGAAUUAGAUCAGAGAGGAAAAUCUCGUAACAAAAAUGCUAAUUGUAGUUUAAGUGACAGUCACAUCCGUGUAACUGAUGAUUCUAUAAUCCAGUCUGCUGUUGAACACAUGAUGCGCCGGUCAUUUAUUGCCGGGCCUAAGCCAGAGGACAGUUGUAAUGAAAGUGUCAACGACAGUGUUCAAUACAUACCUAAAGCUCUGUCUCGUUGGAACAAAACAGAUGUCAGACAGGGUAAUCAGUCACAUCUAAAUCGGACUAAUCAAAGUCCCACCAACAGCCAUAAAAAAUCAGGCUCACCUGUCUUCACCAAGCUGGUUAUCCCCAACAAACCCAACUAUAGUGUUACCUCAAAGGGUAAACAUUGCACCAAAAAUCCAUGUGAAUUAACGGAAGAACAUGUUAAUGAGAUUAAAAAACCUGGAGAGACGGAAGAGUCUGACUCAGAACCUGAUAGGCCUAUACCUCAACCUCCACCAUGCACACCAUGCUCAGUUAAAGACCUGGACAGAAGCAACGAAAGUGACGGAGAAAAUUCAUCCCGCAGCUCAGCUAAUGUAACUGAUAAGGCUUUUUCUCUUGCUUCAGAUGAGAGCAUAGAGUCUCCCAGUUCAUCUUUUAGAGAAGGUAGCCAUCCACCAACGCCACACAGUGCUCCAGCCAAACUUUCCUCCACUAGAAGCCGCAGGGGACACAUCUCCAAAAGUGCGCAGCGCAAGUUGGCAAGGAGUGGAAGAAAGUUGCAGCCUCCAUCCAGGUCAAAGACCAAACUCUCAGCCUCUAUGGUGAAAUCAGGAAUUGUAUCUAAUUCAUCUGUCCUGACAACAACACUGGAAAACAGAAAUUCUGUUUCUAGUGGAGAGAAAGUUGACAUUACCAAAGCUGUUGAAAAAGCAAUAUCUGCGCAGUCUGAUAAAUCACCUCUCAAAAGAGUGUUGAACACUUCCAAGAGUAUGAAUGAUGUGGCCACGCCCAAGGACAAAAGAGAGGUCACACGCACUGUGUCUUGUACUGGUCUAACUCCUGAGAUGAGCUUUCUCUUGUCCAAAAAAACAAAAUCAACCUAUGUCUCCAGUGCUAAAUCUGGAGACAUAGCUAGUCAUUUGUUUCAUUCAUUCAUGGCUGCUGAUAUGGCUACUGCUGCUUCUUCUAUUCAAUCACGCAAAGAGCUGGCUAUGAUUGUUGAUGACUUAAAUGAAGCUGACUUGUCUUCCAUUCCUCCUAUUGACCCACUGAAACAGCUUAACAAAACAGGACCAAUUAAAAAACAUGGCUCCAAGAGGUGGGGAAACUUCUUGCGUGCAUCUAAAAUUGGUAUUGACCACAUGUUUCAUCGUAAAGAUCACAGCUCUGGGCCAUGUAAAUUGGCUACAACUUCAACAGGGAAAUUGGAACGCAGCAUUACAAAAGUUGUAACCAGCAAAAGCACAUCUGUUUCAACAUCCAAGCUCUCAGACCUAAACCAUCAUCUUCCUGAUAUCACGGUCAGUCACUUAACUGACCUGACAACACUGUCAGCCCUAUCAGCAGAGGACAGUGUGUAUGAUGGUGACAUGACAGAAGCCCAGCAUAGUAUCUUGUCUGCAGCUGACCUGACCUCCGCUCACAGUAUGCUAGAAGAGGGAAAGGUUAAAAACAGGAAAGGAUUUCUGCAGAAGACACGGGUCACAUUGAGGAGAGCUAGAAAGGCAGCUAAGAAAGCAUUUUUUCCUGAAAACCAUCGGCUCUUCAAUCACAAAACCUCAGGGGCCAAGAGAAAGAGUGAUGAAUUUUUACCUACACCCGAUUUGAAAAGGCGAAGACAACUUGAAGCAAAAUAAAGCAGACUGGUGUCAAACAGUUUUAACGUCCAAUCUUUUUAAGUUUUAAUAAAAGAACUAAUAUCCUGAAGACUGAUGUACAAGGUUUCAUUUAGCAUAUUAUAUUUUAUAUUUUUACCAGACUGAAAUUUUUAUACUGUUUAUUACAAACAAACCAAUAUAGUUUUAAUUGGGCUGGUCAAAAAAUGAACUUUUAAAAAAAAAAAUUGUAAUACUUGUGCAAUAUAGUGGGCGACUCUUGAAGCUGGAGUGGCUUAGGGCAGAUUUUUCAUCUUUGUUCAAUCUUCAUGUAGUUUUGUAGGCAAACAUUUUAAAUCUAAGGUCAUCUAAUGUGUACAUAAACUUGUUUUCCUUAUAUUUAUUGCAUUGCUAUCAAAGAUUAUUUUGUUAGUAUCAAAUUAAUAUUUUGAUUAAAAUGUGCAUUCUUUCAUUGGCAGCAAACACGCAUUUCUUAAUUUAUUAAAAAGAAUUAAUAAAUACUAAUACAUUUUUUUUCAAAUGAUAUAGAUUCCAUGGAUGCAUUGUUGUUUGUUUACCUUUACAACAAACUGAAUGCUUUAAGCUUUUUAAAAAAGUAACAAAUCAAGGCAGUUCAGCAUUAUUCUCAGAAACAAAAGAUAAAAUGGUUCAUUAUUGAAAUCAAUAACUUUCAGCUAAAUUUUGAAAUAUUGCUUAGUAGCUUAACUUGCACAGGCUUACAUGCAUUUGUUUACCAUAUAUUCCUAAAUUGAUUUUCCUUUUUGUGUGGUAAUAUGCUGGUUACAUUUAUUACUGAAUUUUAAUGUUCAUGUCAAGGCAUUUUCACUACUGAAAUCCUUUACUCUUACCCUAUAACCAGAGGUGUAUUUUUCCCUAGGGAAUUUUUAUUUCAGUAAACUUGUUUCCUGCUGUGUGUGAAUAUUUAUACAUUUUUUUAUACCCCAAGUUGCUGGAUUGAAAUAAAACUGAAGCCUAUUCAUUCUGCUGUAGGAAUUUAAUAACCUUCAAGUAACAUGAUUAAUAAACAUAUAUUUAAGUUUCAACAAAUUAUCAAUGCAAUUGUAUUAGGUAUAUUCUCCUUGGUUGAUACUGCAGUGGUUUCACAGUAAUCAAAACAAAAAACCCAUGUAUUUUAGUUAUACCCCUACAAGUUUUACAUAUAAAUCCAGCUCUGCAGCUGCUUUAAAAUGUGUUCACAAAAAAAAAAAUAAAGAUUUGAACCA